GACUCCUGAAGGCGGCAGGCGGCGCUUCUCCUCCCCACCACCGCCCAACCCAGCCCACUCUGCCCUUAGAGGCCCUUCUCCCCAAAGACACACUCCUGAAAUGUCGCCCUUAUGCAGCUGAGGAGCCUGGGAUCCCAGAACUGAACGAGUGAACCCCCACCCCACCCUGAAGAAUGGGUAAGACAUUUUCCCAGCUGGGCUCUUGGCAGGAGAAUGAGAACAAGUCAAUCCUGUCCUCCAAUCCAACCAUUGGCAGCAAGGCUGCCAGCUACUCCAGUACCAGUAGCAGCAAGUCUUUUUGUUCCUGGGUGCCUUGUGAAGGAACUGCUGGUGCCAGCUUUGUGACAUGUCCCACCUGCCAAGGCAGUGGCAGGAUUCCCCAAGAGCUGGAGAAGCAGUUGGUGGCUCUCAUCCCCUAUGGGGACCAGAGGCUGAAGCCCAAGCAUACGAAGCUCUUUGUGUUCCUGACGGUGCUCAUCUGCCUGGUGACUUCCUCCUUCGUCAUCUUUUUCCUGUUUCCCCGGUCCAUCCCUGUGCAGCCUGCAGGCCUCAACUCCUCCACGGUGGCCUUUGGCGAGUCUGAUAUCCACCUCAACAUAACGAAUGUCUUAAACAUCUUCAAUGGCAACUACUACCCCAUCACGGUGACACAGCUGACUCUUGAGGUUCUGCACCUGUCCCUCGUGGUAGGGCAGGUUUCCAACAACCUUCUCCUACACAUUGGCCCUUUGGCUAGUGAACAGAUGUUUUAUGCAGUAGCCACCAGGAUACAGGAUGAAAACACAUACAAAAUCUGUACCUGGCCGAAAAUCAAAGUCCACCAUGUGCUUUUACACAUCCAGGGCACCCUCACCUGCUCCUACCUGAGCCAUUCUGAGCAGCUGGUCUUCCAGAGCUAUGAAUAUGUGGACUGCCGAGGAAAUGCAUCAGUGCCCCACCAGCUGACCCCUCACCCACCAUGACCUGUCUGCUGUCCCUGUACUCCAGGCACCUGUAACCCUGAUCUACAUCUCCCACAACUCCCUGGUGACUAAAGAAGGACUAUAGAGGCUUUGCCAAAGGAGAAGCCCUGCUUCAUCACGCUCUUCCCUCUUCAGCACAGGGAGCUCGCUUUGAAGUUAACUUCAUACACACACACUCAUAUCCUAUGAGUCGCCCGGAUUCUUUCGGGGGCUUCAGAAUCUUUUAGAUUCUGCCCUUGGUUAGUCUUUUUUUGGUAGAGACAGAGAGUUUCACUGUUGGCCCAGGCUGGUCUUGAACUCCUGGGCUCAAGCAGUCCUCCCUUCUUGGCCUCCCAAAGCACUUGGAUUACAGCUGUGAGUCACUGUGCUUGGCUGGUCUUUCUUGAGGAAAAUCUGACCUGGCAUUUUCUUGAGGCACCUUACAUUCCCAGAAGUGGCACCUGCCCUUUCAAGUACUGAGCACCUGGCCAGUCUGAAGGGGCCACUUCACCUCAGCUCCAUCGGGGCUAAUUCUAUUGUCUAAAUAUAGAGAAAGCUGUAGUUUUAUCUGGCUUUUAAAACAUGGACCUGCUGGCUGGGCACAGUAGCUAACACCUGUAAUCCCAGCACUCUGGGAGACUGAGGCGAGUAGAUCACCUGAGGUAAGGAGUUUGUGACCAGCCUGGCCAACAUGGUGAAACCCCAUCUCUACUAAAAAUAUAAAAAUUAGCUGGGCUUGGUGGUGCAAAAUCCCAGCUACUUAGGAGGCUGAGGCGGGAGAAUCGCUUGCAACAGGAAAGUAGACUUUGCAGUAAGCCAAGAUCACGCCACUGCACUCCAGCCUGGGCAAAAGAGGGAAACUUCAUCUCAAAAAAAAAGAAAAAAGAAAGCAUGGACCCUUUUCAAAUUUUCUACCCACUGAUAAGAAAAUGACUUUGGGGACAUCCAGUGCCAUCUCCAAGGACUUUCAGGGGAUCAUAGAUGCUUUCCUUUGCUUAUCAACUUUGACCAUGUGAAAAAAUGAUGGUGAUGGCCUUCUCUCUGCUAACUUCUCUGCCACCCAUCUGAUAGUAAGAUUAGCAAGGGCCCUUUGGCCCUCUGUCCUUCCUGGUUAUUGACUGUCCCUGGUUCCUAAGAAGACAGAGCUGUUCUCCAGCUAAAGCUUCUCCUCUCUAUAAAGCAGUUUUACUAUUCCCUUCAAAGCAGGAGCCAAAAUAGUACAGGAGGGGAGGGAGGCACCUGGCACUCCCUAGGCCUACAAAGGAAAAACAGAGCCAAAGGCAGAAUCAUUGUAUGAGACAUUUAUUAAAGGAGUGUCUCGGCCA